GUAAGGUCGAUGGAGUCAUAAUGAUAAGUUAAGAUCUAAAAAAAAAGACUAGGAAAUAAUUUGAAGAAAAGGAAAAGGACAUCAUUUUGUCUGAUGUUUAUGGGAUAUUUUUAACUGAAAAUAAAAACUAAAAGUGAAUUGAAAAAAAAAAUAUAUCAAUAUUGCUAAAAAAGUUGAAAGUGGUUAUAUCCUUUUUUCCAAAUAUGAUUCCAUCUUAUAGUGUUGUGUUGUUGUUUUUACUUUUUCUUGGAAGAAGUAAGGAUGUUAGAAGUUAUUCAAAAGUUUUAACUAUGGGAGCUGGAAACAGUGAAAACGGACCGAAAAUCUAUAAGGCUAUGAAUAUGGAUUUGAUAUUUCCAAAGACCUUUAACUCAAGUGAACAUGUCAUUUCCACAACCCAAACAGCAACACCUCAGCGAUUCAACGAGCCCUUCGAAUCUUUAUUAUCUACCGCAGACGACAGACAAUUUACACCUGGGUAUAGUUCAUUACAAACAACAUCAUCCUCAUCAGAAAGAGUUACUGAACCAAGAGUAGCAGCAGCAGCAGAAACAACAACAACAAUACCAACAAAUCAUUACCACCCAUCUUUUGUCAUUUCUGCUUCUGCCAACAGCAAUAAUGCUGACAAUUUGGAAGAAGAGGAGGAAAGUGAGGUUACAUUACCACCACCGGCUACGGGACGUGCUGUUGACUAUCGUCCAGCUUAUCCUUUUUCCCAGCUAUUAACACCGAACAGCAAAGGUUACAGUUACAGUCCAUCAGCAUCAUCAUCAUCAGCAGCAGCAGCAGCAGUAGAGCGCUCAAGGCCUGUGUCCAUGUCGUCCAAGUCGAAGUCUGGCAAUGGCCAACAACGUGUUGUUUAUCCAAGCUAUCAAGCGUCGAGGAUACCCAGCCGUGCUGAAAUUGAUAAACUAAGCGGAAAAGGACAAUUUUCCGAUCGGUUUACCCCGGCAGAGGGUGUUGCAUCGAAUACAUUCAAACUACUCAAACAAAAUCGAAAUAAGCCCUCAAUAGCCCGCCCGAUUGGUCAAACGUCGAAUAAGGUAUCAGUGUCCUCGUUUUUACCAAACCAGGACUUGUAUGCUUUUCCACCGAAUAUUAACUCAAGAUAUCCUGCGCCAACGACGACGGAAAUCAAACAAGCUUUACCAUCAGAUGCAAUUACAAGUUAUCUACCACCAGCAGCAGGACCAUUGGAUAACACUGAAUUUGUGGGACCUAUAAGUCCCGACCUAUUGCCUGAAAGUAUGAAAAAUCCAAAACCUGCUGAUGGAGCGAACGUUGAUGUAAGUGGAUAUCAAUAUAGUCCUCCAAAGGGGGACGAGAAUUCCAACGGAGGUGACGGUUAUCAUUACAAUCCUCCAAAAUCGUCGAUGGAUGACACUGAUGACAUUGGGGAUGAUCAGGCACCCCCACCAGAUGCAAUGGAUGACGGAGAUGCAGGGGAUGUCGGUGGUGGAAUGAUGGACGAAUCACCACCACCAGAUCAUCAUCAUGAUGAUCAUCACCAUGAUCACCACGAAAUCGGAGGUUAUGUUGAUGGCAAGGAAUAUCCAACACCGCCACCAGGUUACUUGGAAGAACAUGGUCAUGAACAUGACCAUCCCCGCCAUCAUGAACACCAUCCAGACAUUGAGUUCUCUCAUGGCCCGAUCUUCCACGAUCACCACCCACAUGAUUAUCCAGACAUAGUGUAUGAUGACUACCAUCAUGGUCAUCAUCAUCACGUGCCGAUGACAACCGAGCCACCACCACCGCCGCCAGCACCGGAACAACCUCGUGUCAAAAAAUACAGCUACUUCUAUAUUGGACGCAAACUAUGGUACAUCCCGUUGUAUUUUACAGUUUGGUUUACUUUUUACGUCUUAUGGCUAAUCUUAAAGUCCAUCGCAAGACAUAAGGUAAAUCUUCCAAAUCACUACGUUACAAGAAGAAGUAUUGAUGAAAUAAUGGAACAUCGUGAAGCUAGAGAAUCUAUAGAUAAGCUUACGGUUCAAGUUAUGGAUGGAAUUGAGAAAUUUAAACUACGCUAUCUGGGGUAAGAUUGCAUGGUUAUAUAAAAUUUUGAAAUAAACGGAAAACACGA